AUGGCUAAAGAAGAUUCUUCUCCUCCGCUUCACUCGGACAAUUCAAUGUCAGGCUCACUCGAUAAGGACAUUGGCCCUCUUGGGGCCAAUACAGCAGACCACGUGGAAGUUGUCCGUACUGUUUCCAGAGUCCCAGGAAAUGCGCAUUACUAUGAGAAAGAUGGCGUACGAACAUACGGAGACGGUGAAGACCAUGACCGUGAACCACCGAUGACCAUGAAUCGAAUGAUGUCUUUGGUUGCAAUGGCUUUCUUAUGGACAGGUUCCCAGAUACCAGUAUAUCUUUUCGGUGGUAUUCCCCCAUAUAUCUACGGCGAUUUGGGGGGGUCAGACAGGUGGACUUGGUUUGUGUUAUCCAAUCUACUCGCUUUGGCAGCGGUUUGUCCAUUUGUGGGAGCUUUAUCAGAUCUAUUUGGCAGAAGGUACAUUGCCAUCUUUGGUGCUGGUUUGAUUGUCAUUGGAAUGAUUGUUUGUUCCACAACACACUCAAUGAACGUUUUCAUUGGUGGUAUGGCUAUUGCAGGCGCUGGCGCUGGCAUAAACGAAUUGACAGCACUUGCUGCAACCUCCGAACUUGCACCAACAGCAAAGCGUGGAAAAUAUGUCGCCGUUCUAAUCUUCACUAUUCUACCAUUUACCCCGUCUGUACUCUGGGGUCAGUUGAUCGCAUCGCAUUCAAGUUGGAGAUACGUGGGACUGUUCUGUGGUCUCUGGGCAUUUAUGGGGCUCGUCAUAACCGCAAUAUUUUACUUUCCACCUCCCCGAGUUAAUUCUGACGGCCUCUCACGCAAAGAGAUUAUAUCUCAAAUUGACUUUCUCGGCGGGUUCCUCUCAAUUGUUGGUCUAAUUCUUUUCGUCGCUGGUCUUCUAUGGGGUGGAUAUCAGUAUCCUUGGGCAUCUGCACAUGUGCUUGUUCCACUCAUCCUUGGUGUUGUAUUCAUCGUCGCCUUCUGUUUCUGGGAGGUCUAUGGCGCUAAACAUCCCAUGUUUCCUGCUCGACUCCGAAAAGAACCGCGUAUCUUGGCUCUCACCCUCGUCAUCACCUUUAUCUCGGGUGCAAACUUCUUCUCAGUUCUUCUUUUCUGGCCCACACAAGCUUUCAAUGUCUACGGACAUGAUCCAAUUGGUGUCGGAAUUCGAGGUCUUCCUGUUGGCUUUUCCAUUCUCGUCGGAGCAUGCGUUGUUCUUUGGCUCUUAUCUGUCUUCCGCGGAGGAAACCGUAUGCUCAUGAUUAUCUCAUCUUGCAUGAUGACCGCAGGAUGUGGUGCCCUUGCUGCUGCUGACCGCAAUAACAUCAACGCGGUAUAUGGUAUUCUCGUCGUAGCUGGCCUUGGAAUUGGUGGUAUCGUAGUUCCCGCCUCAAUCAUCACCACUAUUAUUUGUCCCGACGACUUGAUCGCCACAAUCGCAGCACUUACGCUCGCUAUUCGUGUAGUGGGUGGAGCGAUUGGUUACACAACUUAUUAUAAUGUCUUUCUGACCAAAUUCAUUCCCGAACUUUCCGUCAAAAUUGCUCUUGCUUGCUACAAGAAUGAUAUUCUUGACUUGGAAAUCAUCAGCCAUAUUGCGGAAUUGACCGGCGCAAGUCUUCUAGACGAAAUUUUGCCGCUGGUGGGCAACAAUGUUACUAUCUGGAAUGAAGUCGUGCUUGCAGGUCAAGAAGCUUAUGCUACCGCAUACCCAUGGGUAUACUACGUCAGCAUUGCUUUUGGAGCAGUUUCAAUUCUUGCAAGUAUUGGGUUGGGUGAUAUUAGUAAAUACAUGGAUGAUCACGUCGCAGUUGUCAUGCAUUAA